UAUGGACUACAACUGACUGGAAUCACACCUUUCCGCGGGUAGCGCGCUUCGUGCGCACUUUAAUUAGAUCAGGGACCAAUGUGUAGUUAUCGGGAGAGCGGUAUUCUCACCAGGUCUCAGGAGGCUUAACUUCAAUCGUCAAAAUUUCAGCGAAGAUAGGAGUGCCUCGUCGUCUCCGGUGUUUUUCCGUCACUUACUUGCACCGUGUUCCUUUGGUGAGCCGCAUCGUCUACCUGCUGCUUUCAUGAACUUGUGUCAGACGUCGGAGCGAGUCUUGCGAACCGCGGACAAUGAAGACCACUCGAAAAUGCCGUGCCUUGCUGUCCGUGACUUUGAAUCUUAUUGCACUGUUCUUCUCCACUACGGCAUUUAUCACCACGUACUGGUGCGAGGGCACUCAGAGGGUCCCCAAGCCCAACUGCAGCAAAGAGAGGCGGCAUAACUGCAUCGACUACGGGGUCAAUGAGACUGACCAAAGCAAAGUGCAUUACAGCUGGGAAACGGGAGACGACAGGUUCCUCUUUAGAUAUUUUCACACGGGAAUCUGGUACUCCUGCGAGGAAAACAUCCAUGGGGCAGGUGAGAAAUGCCGGAGCUUUAUCGAUCUGGCCCCGGCUUCAGAGAGAGGUGUCCUUUGGCUGUCGGUGGUGUCUGAAGUGCUAUACAUCAUGCUGCUGGUGGUUGGCUUCAGCCUAAUGUGCCUGGAGCUCUUUCACUCCAGCAACGUGAUCGAUGGACUCAAGCUCAACGCCUUUGCGGCCGUCUUUACGGUUCUCUCAGGGCUCCUGGGUAUGGUGGCCCACAUGAUGUACACACAGGUGUUCCAGAUUACAGUGAGCCUGGGACCAGAGGAUUGGCGACCGCACACGUGGGAUUACGGCUGGUCCUUUUGUCUGGCGUGGGGCUCGUUCACCUGCUGCAUGGCCGCCUCGGUCACCACCCUCAACUCCUACACCAAGACGGUGAUCGAGUUCCGGCACAAACGUAAGCUCUUCGAGCAGGGCCUCCGCGAGGAGCAGACCUUCCUGGACCCCGAGACCUUCCACUACUUCCGCGACCGCUCCGUCCAGUCUGUGUCCAGCUCCGUGGAUGUGUACCCAGGCCACGGGGGAGGAGGAGGAGGAGGAGGAGGGGGCAGUGGUGGGAGGGGUAAGCUCCACCGUGGGCCCUCCAGCUCCAUGGACCUGGGCGAGAACUGUGACUCCCUGGGUGAGGAGCAGUGCUGAGGGGCUACAGGCCUGUGGCUGGACACCCUGACGCCCAGGCUUCUUAGUGCUUAGGUGGCCUUGUCCAGUGGGUGAACUCUACACAGGAGACUUGUUCUCAGAACUGAGAUGGACUAACGCUCUGGGAAUUGGGAUCAGUAGGGGAGGAAAACAGGACAACCUGUCAGAUUUAUCUUAUAGUACAAUAGGGGUCAUAUUUUAUGUGUAUGGGGGUAGGGAUAUAUACACACUCAUAUACUUAUACUGUAUUAUAUAUAUAUAUAUAUAUAUAUAUAUAUAUAUAUAUAUAUAUAUUCUAGAGUAUGAAGAAAACUGUUGAUACUAUGAUAACAAGACUGUGCUCUAGCAUAGAGAUGAUGUUAAUGGGGACAAAUGAACAGCAGUCUGUGAGUCUGUAUGCUUUUGCCAGCUUGAGUUUAAAUACAAACACUGCCACGCACUGAUGUAUCGCCUGAGCCUGUUUUGUGACCAUUCUCCUGAGGGCAGCUCUGUUGCAUUGGCGUGUAGAAUAGUUUCAGAGCCUGGUUUGGAAUGGUAUGUUUCUCUGCAACCACCUACCACCGGAUGCCAUUGGCAACUCUUAUUCCUUUGGUCAGCAUUUUACUGGUGGGUUUUUAUGAGUUCCUUUGCUCUUGCCGUGAGGUUUUGCUAGAAUAUGCCUUUUUUCUCUCUCUUGAUCUUCUGUGUAUGAAUGUGUGCGUGUGUGUGUGUGUGUGUGUGUGUGUGUGUGUGUGUGUGUGUGUGUGGGACAUGGAUAUUAUGUUAGAAAUCAAACUGUGCUCUCUAUCCAGGUAACUAAAGAAGGUAAAUAAAUACAUGGGAAUAGCGCAUUAAUGUAGAGAGAGUAGGCUUGAAAUCAAAUGAUUAUUAUUAGGUGUUAUUAGGAGCAGCAGGCAAAGGGCAACUCCAACCACAGCUAGGCCCUGAUCAGUGAAAUAAGACAGUUUAGAGGGGGUCCCAUUUACAUAAGCAGCAAUCUGACUGUGUGUCCAGUUAAAGACAGUACAGUUUUCAUAUUUAGGCAUGAUGAUACUCUUGGGAUAUUAACAUGAAUGUUAUUGGCGCACUGGUGCAACAUAAACUGUUGUUGACUGUUUAACCCAGUACAGUAAUAGUGGCACUUUGACAGAGUUAAGUUAUGUCAACAUGUGUGUAUGUGUAACAAACUUGUCAUAAACAUCUAAAACAGUAACCUACGCAUAACUUAAAUCAGUCAAAGCAAAAAGACUGGGUUAAAGGUGCAGUCAGCGAUAGCACAGGAUGUCACGUUACAUUUUUGUCCAAAACAACGUACAUUAUAUUUUAACCAAGGACCAAACAAAACACAACAGAGAGGGUAGCUCACCCCUCCCUUCAGUAUUCCCAGAGAAACUCCAUACAAGGUUUCGUAUUUGUUUGUGGGACAGGCUACCCCCACUUUGUUUGUUGAGCUUGGGCUGCCUACAGAGACCAGUUUCUUUACAGUGUACUCACAGAAUGGGCAGCUAGCGGUUGUGAGGAGAUGACUGCUGAAUGUGACAAAAAAUGUUAUGGGCUUGAAAUUGAGUAAAUCGCUGACUUCACUUCUAAGUUAAGACAUCAGUCAUAAUGAAAAAUAUGCCUUCAAAAGAGUGCAAGAACUGCACACUCAACACACUCUUUUCUGUUAGCAGCACAACCAAGUUUUCUUUUUGGCCACCAAAGUUAGUUCAUGCCAGUGUAAUUGUAUGUCUCCCGUGGUCUGUAGAGAAAGCAUUAUAGGGUUUCUUGAACAGUGGGCAGUGAUGAGUUCGAUUUUGACUGAUGAAACUGUACUAGUGGAUGAUCAAGUCUGUCUUUCAAUGUAUUAGUUCUUUAUACUGUGUAUGCACUUUUGCCCUUGUCAUUUUUCAUUUCACCAAAA